AUACAUUCUAAAGUGCGAAUGAUUCAACUCUCUGUUGCUGACUUCGACGAGUAUGCAAAUUGUUCUAUUAAUAAACACAGUUGUAAUAUUCUUGUAUAUAUAAACUGCUUCUCUGUGUCGUUAGUUGUAUAUCAUACUUAGACUUAAACAUGGAGAAUAAUAACGGAGAUGAAGAGAACGGAAAAUUUGAACAACAAAAUGACGAACUCGGAGUUAAAAAGCAAUUUAACAUGCAAAUGAUAUUAAGUAGGAUAAAAGAUGCGAUUAUAAAGUUCUACCGUGUUUGUAAAUCCAUUGGUGGAUUAAUUAUAUUGUUAGUUAUAUACAGUAUCUUAGGCGCAUUACUAUUCCAAAGUAUUGAAUCUGAAAAUGAGUUAGAAGCGAAGCACGAUAUGAAAAUGACCAGAGAAAAUUAUAUUAGAUUUUUUUACGUGGAAGCAAAAAAUUUCUGGGUGAAUUAUACAACAUACAAUGACACGUGGAUUAAUCAAACUAGAAAGUUAUUAAUGCAAUAUGAAUCAGAGGUCCGCAGUCGUGGAACAGUUGCUGGUCCAGCCACUGUGUGGACUUUCUGGAGCGCCUUGUUCUUCUGUGGGACUAUUUAUACAACUAUUGGUUAUGGAAACAUAGUACCGCUUACUGGAAUUGGCAAAUUUAUAGCCAUGGUUUAUGCUGUAUUGGGCAUACCUCUCGCGUUGCUAGUAUUGGCAGAAGUUGGUAGACGAUUUACUGUCCUUCUUAAAUGGAUGUAUGCACGUGCACGUCGAUACUACUACACUGGAACCUUCCGCAAAAAAGUAAUUAGACAAGUCCGAAGUCGCCUGAGCAGUAGAAAAAGUAAUAAACAGAGCGUUCAGAAUGCAGAAAAUGGAACAUGUAGUAACGAAAUAGACCAAUCUACAAAGAAAAAAAGCAAGAGCGAAGAGUCAAUAGUGUUUGUAAAAAAACAAUCUGGAUUAAGUCCUUCUCCAAAUUCGAGUUUAAAAUCAAAAACCGGAAGUGACGAUUCUUUAGAUGAAUCACCUGAUGUCCAGUCGACUUUGUCUUCAACAGAUCGCGUAAAAGUUAUGUAUGACAUAGAGAUUGAUGACUCUUUCAACUUGCCAAUAUCAAUUGCUUGCAUAAUAUUACUGAUUUAUAUUUUUCUUGGUGCAAUCAUGUACAAAUUUUGGGAAUCAUGGGAUUUCUUGGAUUGCAUAUAUUUUGUAUUUAUAUCUAUAAGUACUAUUGGAUUUGGGGAUGUAGUACCUGAGCAUCCGAAAUAUUUUCUCAUCUCCGCAAUAUAUUUAUUCAUGGGUCUUUCCUUAGUUUCCAUGUGCGUUAAUGUUGGAAUCGAAUUCUUCACUGUUCAAAUAGACAAAGCGAAAGAUCAUAUGAAUAAAGCUAGAGAACGAGUUGUUGAGGCGGGAAAAGAAAAGAUGGCCUCUGUCGGCAAAGAAAUGAAUAAAGCAAAAGACAAAGUGUCGAAAGCAGGGACCAGUGCGAAGGGUAAAAUAUCAGAAGUAAAGAAAAACAUUGAAACUAAUAUUCAAAACGAAUUAAAGAGGGCAAAAAAACAUUCUUUAGAUUCAUCUGAGAGCAGAUCAAAAGAAAACACACCAAAGCCGUAGUUAUUCCAUAUGUUACAAAUGGCUUCUGCUACAAGUGACGCAAAAACUGUUCGAUAUUUCCACAUACAAUUUCAUGUUUUGUUUUUGUUCCCUGAUUUAAGUCUCUACUACAUUCCGUCCACUUUUGAGACUGUUUUCAGUAUGAAUGUUCAGUUGUUAAAUUGUUUUCCGUGUGAUUUCAUCAAAGUGGAAGAUUACACAACAAAUAGUGCUUUAAUGAAGUGAAAGCACUGUGUGACGUUACACAAACACAGCUCUCGACGUAAUUACAAUUUGUACAUCAACCUUCUUGCCAUCUGUCUAAAAUUGUUUUUCAAAUCAUCAUUAAGCAGAUGUAUUUAACGUUAGCGUUAGCUUUCUACCUCUUCGAUUUUUUGUAAAUAAAAUGUAAAAUACAGAAAACAUGUGCGAAUAUUCUUUGUGGGGUUGAUUC